GUAGGACCACACCUUACAGACCGCAAGGAAAUGGGCAGUGUGAACGUUUCAACCGUACACUGCACAAUUUGCUGCGCACGCUGCCAGUGGAGAAGAAGAGGGACUGGACGUUGUACCUCCCACAACUUAUCUUUGCCUACAACACCACCAUACACCAAUCAACUGGUGAGUCGCCUUACCUGCUGAUGUUUGGUCAAGAUCCACAGUUGCCGGUGGACUUCUUGCUAGGGAGAGUAACAGACUCCGCUGCAGGUACGGUGGACCACUGGCUUGGCGAACACCAGAGGCGACUACGAGCAGCCUACGCCGGGGCAAGACAUCGUAUGCAGGAGGCUGCACAACGGAGAGAGGAGAGACACGACCGAAAUGUUGACAAAGGGCUGACCGUGGACCAGUUGGUGUAUCUGAGGGACCACAGCGUAAGGGGAAGAAACAAGAUCCAGGAUCACUGGAACCCAACACCCUACAGAAUUUUGAAAGCGCCAAUAAAUGGUGGAUCUGUAUAUACUGUGGCUCCCGUCGAUAACCCUAACCAAACUAAGCAGGUGCAUCGAACCAUGAUUAGACCUGUUCCCAGGAAUGCUCACCAUGUCCCCCCUCCCCAAGAUGAGCAAAGAAUCACGGUGGAAGCUGCUCCUGAGGAGGAAGAACUUGAAGAGGUGUGGAUUGUGAGAGAAAGGCCACUGGUCUCAGAAGACCUCAACCCAGUGGAAGCUGAGCCUCCUUGCAGGGUUGCCAGUGAGGAGGAAAUGCAGUUUGGAGUGACCCCCGAUCCACCGGGACUACAAACAGACCACUCUGCAAGGGAAGGGACGGGCCAGCCAUGCCGCCCUCAAGGUCUAAUGUUUCGACGGACAACCCGGGUGACAGGGUCCCUUUAGUCUCAAGUCAGGGAGGUGAGUCUUACCCUCGGGACGAGGAUAGAAGUAGUGGGGGUAGAUGUGACGGGUAGUGUCAAGGGGUCGGGCUGACGUCAUCAAUGAGCGCCCUAUUUCACGGGCCGUCUCCCGUUCUCUAGCAGUCCGCUGAGAGGAGAGUAGCAGGUAGGUCGCUAACUGGUAGGUUGUUUGUGAUGGGGGAAAUUGGCAGCUUAUAGAUCUCAACCUUGCAGGUUUUGCCGGCCGAGUGGAGCCCCUUCGGACGUUGUUGGGGAGGGUUUAGCUCCUCAGCCUUUCCAGGUGGCACACAAACUGUUGUUUUGCCGUAUCCGGGUACGAGUAGCGAUUAGCGAUUGUAACUAGCUGAUAUCCUAACAUUGUAUGCGUCCCGCGCUCCGGUUUUGUUUUGGGUACUUGCCUACUGUUGUUUUUAUUUAUUUCGAGCGGGGGGUGCCCGAUGUGAGGAGGAAUAGCGUGGGUAUUUUCUUAGAUCAGAUUUUAGCAUGUGGCGUGAUAUUGCAUGAACUGUUUUUAACGCACUUUGUUUUGCCGUUGCGUGAGUGAGUUGCUGUGUGUGUGUGUGUGUGUGUGUGUGUGUGUCGCAUGUUUAUAGGUUGCACGGGU